AGCGCCAGCAGCAGUAUGGAAUCGCAGUUCCAGUCGGAUUCGUUCAAGCGUUUUGAGAUGUUGCUGAAGAAGACUGAGACUUUUUCGCAUUGUCUAAGUGCGGGCGACGUUGAAAUGGCGGGUGCCCGUCAGAUAUUCGGAGUGGCUUCUAAUUUGGAGUCGCUCAGUCAGAAAGGUUUUUCGUGA